CGAGGCUACCGAUCAGUUGUGCAGAAGUGAUCAGAGGUGGGUAGGCUGUACCUGCUGCUCGGCAGCCUAGCGGGCAGCUAUGGAGGUGGCCAUAGGGAGGUGGGUGUCGAAUCCGCGGGACCAUGCCGCUGAAAUUAAGGUUUUCUUGCGGAGCCUUCCAGGCCUCAUCAAGGAUGACGUCCAAGCUAUCGGAAACUAUUGCUGCGCUCUGGAGAUAGCCUCUGGUUUGACGAUAGCGGAGUUGUUGGGACUUCUUGUCUCAACCGCAUUGGAUGUGAACCGCAUCAUUAAGACCAGUAACUUCUGCUCAACCACCACCAGCCUGGUACAGCGCAUGUGGGGGAUGACACCCGUCUCCAAGGAAACGGUCAUGUGCUUCUUUCAAGAUGUCGAAUUUACCGCCGUGGUCGCGGAGGAACGCAGCGCAGCGCUCCUUGCGGAUUGCCUGGAAAUGACACCUGGUGCCGGAUGGCAGAGGAUGUGCCAAGAGAUUGUUGACAUCAGGAGAAACUUUAUGACUUCUGUUAUACGGUACCAGUUCAUAACGAGUGCAGUUUUCUCCGCUCUGUCACUGUGGCAAUGUCGUCAAACUACAAACGAGCUGAGGGAAGUCAAGGACAAAAUAUCGACUGACUACGACAGGAAACUCACCAACAUCAAGUCCAGACUGGACAAGGCUGACAAGGAUUUCACAAGGAUUUUGGACAAAUUUGAGGAGGAGGAUCAGACAGAUCCUAUGAUGCUUCUGGACAUCAACAUGCUGACCUCUGACCUAGGAAACAUCCGCCAUGACCUCAAGUUGCUCCGCAGGGAUGUCAACAAGGACCGACGGGCCGUCUGUGGCCGUAGAAACAAACACCUGAUCGCCAUGAUUCCAUGUGCAGUUGGAGUAGCUGGUGCAGCAAUGAACCUCCCCCUAGCGUUCGCUGCCGGAGUUACAACAGGUUACAAAGCUCUGUCUGUGGCAGGGCUACUGUUGAACGGCGGGGCGUUAGCCGGGAAUGCCUACUGCGUAAAGAAGUGCCAGGACACCAUCUCUCUCAUAGACGAUAGGCUGAGCGCCAUCAAGGAUUAUGAAGACAGGUUGGGAAUAUUUUAUUUUAAAUAA